GAGGCUUUGGAAGGAGACACCAGGUGACACAUGUUUGAAAAGGGUUUAAAAGUUGGAUGCAGCUGGAGUGGACGGUAUUUAUCCAGUAGGAGCAGUGGGCUGGAACUGCUGUGGACCUCAGUGAGCGUUUGAGCAGAACAGCCAGCAAUGGAUAACUCAAUGGUCUGUUUGGCCAAUGCAACAGUUUGCAAUGGCACGUCCUGUCUGGUACCAGAAAGCAACUUCAACGCCGUUCUAAGUGCGGUCCUGAGCGCCGUCCUGACCACCCUGUUGGCUCUGGUGAUGUUCUCCAUGGGGUGCAACGUGGAACUCAAGAAAUUCCUCGGGCACAUAAAGCGGCCAUGGGGCAUCUGCAUUGGCUUCCUCUGCCAGUUCGGGAUCAUGCCCCUCACGGGAUUCAUCCUCUCCGUGGCCUUUGACAUCAUCCCCAUCCAAGCUGUAGUGGUCCUCAUCAUGGGAUGCUGUCCGGGAGGGACUGCCUCCAACAUCUUGGCCUAUUGGGUGGAUGGCGACAUGGACCUGAGCGUCAGCAUGACCACCUGCUCCACGCUGCUCGCUCUGGGGAUGAUGCCGCUGUGCCUGUUAAUCUACACCAAAAUGUGGGUCGACGCGGGGAUGAUCGUGAUUCCCUAUGAUAACAUAGGUAUAUCUCUGGUGGCUCUUGUUGUUCCCGUCUCCGUGGGAAUGUAUGUUAACCACAAGUGGCCCCGUAAAGCCAAGAUCAUCCUUAAGAUUGGAUCCAUCACAGGCGCCCUGCUCAUAGUGCUCAUAGCCGUGGUUGGAGGCGUGCUCUACCAGAGCGCCUGGAUCAUAGAGCCCAAACUCUGGAUCAUAGGAACCAUAUUUCCCAUAGCUGGCUACUCCUUAGGGUUUGUUCUGGCCAGAAUCGCCGGUCAGUCCUGGCACAGGUGCCGAACCGUCGCUUUGGAAACAGGGAUGCAGAACACACAGCUGUGCUCCACCAUCGUGCAGCUCUCCUUCACCCCCGAGGAGCUCAACCUCAUAUUCACCUUCCCCCUCAUCUACAGCAUCUUCCAGAUCAUCGCGGCAGCGCUGUUCCUGGCAGCGUACGUGGUACACAAGAAAUAUUUUAGGAAAAACAGUGUGGAAUUUCCGGAGAGCAGAGAAAACGAACAAGUACCUCAGUCAUCGCUCCAAUAGGUCAAUCAAGGAUUUCAACCAGACAAAAAGCAAACACCAGUGGACCAAAAAGCACCCUAAAGAAUAUGCUUCAGCUCUAACAAUACUUAAUUAUUUGUUUGGAUGGGAUAUUUGGAAGAAAAAAAGUUACAGUGAAAAUUUAAAUUUGAAUUGAAUUCGCGUAUUGGUUUUUGUACCAAGUGACUGGUGAUCCAAAUAUGUAAUGUAACAAAUAUUUGUACACAUGUAUGUGAUUAUAUAUAUAUAUAUAUAUAUACACACACAUAUGUAUACACUGGUUUUGAAUAUGGCCCCAAAAUAUCCUUGAACAUCAGACUAAACCCAACAUAGGACAUACUGGAAUUUAAUAACUGAAUUAGAAUCCAGCCCAUAACUCGAUAGGGAUUUUGUACCUGUGUCACUCGGCCUUGGGAGUCCAAUGAUGCUCACUUGAUUUUUUGUAGGAAAAACAGAAUUCUUCAAAUUCAAUGGCUUGCAUUUGGCAGAGCUCUUUGAGCCCUGGAGACUUGCCCGUAUGACUCUGGUUGCUAUGACAGCUAGCUGGUUCAUAGGAAGCCCCCACUGUAGACAUUCUAGAGCAGAGAGGGGGCAGUAGGCACAGAAAGCAGGAGAUGCAUUGGAAGAAGCAAGACUGCUCUGGUGGGUGCGCUCCAUUCAGUGGGAGAUCAUGGCAAAUACAAGGAAAAGCAAAAAAAAAAAAAAAAACCCAGAAACUUGCUUGAAAUGUGAGACCAGAGUCAAUGAGAUACACAGGAGUAAGUAGCAGUAAGAAUGAAGCCCGGGCAGGGGGGAAAUGAGUAAGGUAUCACACAGUGUUUGAGGAAGAGGAGGA